AUGUCGGAUAUCGGAGUCAGCUCCCUCGUAGCGGGCAUGUUCCUAACAGGAUGUGCCAACUCCCUCUUGACAAAGAAACAGGACAUGUUGUGUGUCGAGAACUGCGACGACAUGGCAACGCGCGUACACUUUGAACAGCCAGUGUACCAGACGCUCAACAUGUUCAUCGGCGAGUUCCUCUGCGUCCUUCCUUUACUGUUGAACUGGUUUGCGACCGCACGCAAGGGGCGCGCGUCAUAUCUCGACCGCUUGCUCAAGCGCCCGCAAGCAAGCUACGGCGCGAUCUCUCAGGAGGAGGAAGAGGAGGAGGAGGAGACGCUCGACCACAUUCCGAUGCGCGGGUGGGCUGUUUGCUGGAUGUGGUUCCCAGCAUUCUUUGACAUUUGCGGGACUACCCUCAUGAACGUCGGCCUCAUCCUCACCCCCGUCUCGAUCUACCAGAUGUCUCGCGGCGCCCUCGUCCUCUGGGUCGGUGUCCUCUCUGUCCUCUUCCUUCGUCGCCACCUCUACCUGUACCAGUGGGCCUCGCUCCUCAUCGUCACACUCGGUGUCAUGCUCGUCGGUCUGGCUGGCACGCUCAUCAAGCGUGACGCGUUGCCCUCCAACCCUGGCCCUACCGACAUUGUCAACGCCCUCGUCUACGCCGCAACUCGCGCCGACGACGACCCGGCAAAGGUAGCCCUCGGCGUCUCGCUCAUCCUCUUUGCCCAAAUAUUCACGGCCUCACAGUACGUCGUCGAGGAGAAGAUUAUGGCGUACUACACGAUUGACCCGCUCGCCGCCGUCUCGCUCGAGGGUAUGUGGGGCGGUCUCACGACUCUGGGCGCCAUGCCCAUCCUGCACAUUCUGUUCCACAAGAAGAGCUCGUACUUUGACAUGCCCCGGGGUUGGGCCCAGAUUACCCAGAACCCGGCGGUCAUGUGGCUGGCCUUCAUGAUUGCCCUCAGCAUCGGCGCGUUCAAUUUCUUCGGCCUGAGCGUCACCACCCGCGUGAGCGCGACAACCCGCUCGACGAUUGACACGUGCCGUACCCUCGGUAUCUGGAUUGUCUCGCUCGCCAUAGGGUGGGAGGAACUCGUGUGGCCGUUCUCGCUCCUCCAGGUUACUGGUUUUGGCUUGCUCGUGUACGGCACGUUUGUGUUCAACGGUCUUCUCGAACCAGCCUUCUUCGCCCCCGAGAGCAUCCGCCUGCCCGAGGAAGACGGUAUCCCGCACGUCCAGGAGGACCGGUAA